GAGAGAGAGCUCACAAUUUUUCCCCGGGAAUAUACACGAGUUAUUGUAGAUCUGGUGGUUACAAGUUUAUCACUCGUGCUUUGGGGUGAGUUUGAUCUUUUGGCUAGGGCUGUGCCGGCGGGUUCAUGUUGGAACUUUGGAAGGGGAUUUCAUCCGAGCGGAAAACACCCGGGAGUUUUUUCUUCUUCUUAACAGUAGUACUUGAUGAGUGUGGGUUGGGUGGGCGUACUGUACAAUACUGCCAAUGCUGUACGAGUACUCUACUGUACGAGCACUUGUAUACAACCCGUAAACGCUUUCAAUUAAAAUGGGUUGUCCGUCCCUGUCGCUAUCCCGCCACGGGAGAGCCUGGUUUUGGACGGGUCGUUCGUGUCCGGGUAUAAGUUCUGUAGGAGUACUGUACAGUACGUACUUGUACGAGUAUCAUACAGUAUAUAUACUUUGAGUUGCUCGAAUGGAUUGGGUACGAGUUAAGGCAGCAAAGGAGGGAUUAUAAACCCAGCAGAGUUAUGG